UCAGCCUGGCCUGCAAACAACUGUAGACUCGCGAACUGCAAGUCUGCAAACUUUGUCAGCAUCGUCGCAAUCAGGGGAAAUAGAAUGGCACCUAAGCGAAGGGCAACAUCGAGUGCCAAAGCUGGAGGGAAGAAGGUAAAGGAGGAGCCCCAAGCUCCACCAAAGGACAAGUUUACCUCUGCUAAAGAGGCCCUGAAGGCAGCAGGGCCACAGGUGAAGGUCUUGCGGAACCCAGACAGCUUUUGUCAUCUAUCAAACGCUGAGGUUCAUGAAGAUUUUGACUGUAUGCUUAACCAAACCAACAUUGGACAAAACAACAACAAAUUCUAUGUCAUCCAAAUCUUAGUAUCUGGAGGGAGUUACUAUUGCUGGACAAGAUGGGGCAGAGUGGGGGAGUCAGGCCAAAACAAUUUAGCUGGUCCAUCUAAUGUUGGUGAAGCCAUUAAAUGUUUUGAAAAGAAAUUCAAAGACAAGACCAAGAAUAAUUGGAGUGAUCGAGAAAACUUUGUGUCACAGUCAGGGAAGUACACAUUGAUAGAGGUAGACGGAGACCAGGAUGCAGUAGUGAAGGUGGACACUGUAGACAGUGGAGAUGUGAAGGUGAAAAAUGCUCAAAAAAUUUUGCCUUGUACACUGGAUGAGGCAACUCAAAGACUUAUCCGAUUCAUUUUCAACAACGACAUGUUCAAAGAAGCCAUGACGAGCAUGAACCUGGAUAUUAAGAAGAUGCCACUGGGGAAGCUGAGCAAGCAGCAGAUAGCUAAAGGCUUUGAGGCGUUGGAGGAGAUUGAAUCUGCAAUAAAGAAGGGGGACCAGAAAAAGUUAGAAGACCUCACCAGCAAAUUCUUUACCAUCAUUCCUCAUAACUUUGGCCGCAACAGACCCCCUAUCAUCUCUGAUGAAUCUGUUCUUCAGAGCAAGAAGGAGAUGCUUCUGGUCCUCGCAGACAUCGAGGUUGCCCAGAGUCUUAAAGCUGAGUCUGAGAAAGUCAAAGAAGAGAUGGAGGACAUGGUGCCUCAUCCAGUGGACCAAAACUACCAGUCUCUCAAAUGCAAUCUUUCCUUGCUGGAUAAGAAGUCCAAAGAAUUUAAGAUUAUUGAGAAGUACCUAAAUGCCACUGGAGGACAAGAGCUCUCUAUAGUGGACGUCUGGCAAGUUGAGAGAGAUGCAGAGGCUGAGCACUUCAGUGAACAUAAUGCUUUGGAGAACAGGAAGCUGCUUUGGCAUGGAACAAAUGUUGCAGUGGUUGCAGCCAUUCUGAAGAGUGGCCUUCGCAUUAUGCCCCAUUCAGGUGGACGAGUGGGCAGGGGAAUAUAUUUUGCCUCUGAAAACAUCAAAUCCGUUGGCUACGUCCGUCCAUCCAACAACAUUGGGAUUAUGUUUCUAAAUGAAGUUGCUUUGGGAAAAGAGCACACCAUCACACUCGAUGACCCCAGCUUAAGAAAGGCUCCUGAUGGCUAUGACAGUGUUGUUGCACGUGGACAGCAAGAACCAGAUCCUUCGAAAGAUGUCUUCAUUGAGUUUGAUGGUAAAAAGGUGGCAGUUCCUCAGGGAAAAGUCAUAAAACAGCCUCAGUAUGAGAAAAGUUAUUUCUCAAACAGUGAGUAUCUGAUUUAUAAGGAAAGUCAGUGUCGCAUCCGUUACCUCCUGGAGCUACAGUUCCAAAAUUUUUGGGGCUGAGUUGAAAAAUGUCCGCUAAAUACAUUGUAACUUCUGUUAUGGGGAUUCACUCUCACUAUACAGUUUUGAAUGUUAUGAUUAUUGUUUGAGAUCAUUGUUAUAGAAUGAAAGUUAAAUAAAAGAAAAGGGUGGAACUGAUUUAAUAGGGCUUUUACUUAUUGAGUUGUAAAAGCUUAUACAUAUUUGAUUAAUACAUGACAUUUUUGAUCAUGUAACCCAAACUUUGGUUUAGUAUAGCUUUAUGUUUACUCGCUUCACCUUCUCUUUGGGUGAGGUUUGAAUGUUUUCCUAAAAAUGCUCUUCUAUAACUGACAAAUUAUUUAUUUCAUUGACAAAUGCAGAUUUCUAUAUUGCCAUAAAUAUGUGUAUCUGUGUAUACCUGUUCAGUACAUACAAAAAACGAAUUAGUAAAUGUUUACACCUUUAAACGUUGGCCAAUUAUGUUGAAUUAAUAUGCUAUUUUUAUUAAAAUAAUAUACAAGUUAAAAAGGGGAAACGCUAAAAGGGGGAAAUAUUGUACAUUUCAUUUGAGAACAUGUUUGAAAUUUUUCAUUUGGGUUUUUUUUUAUUUAGCCCUCAGUUAUAUUUGAAGUACGUCUGAAUCCAAAUGGUUCUGGUUUACAGUGAGGGUUUUAUAUAGGCUCUUUAUUUUUGUUUCUUCUAACGUUUUUGUUUUAAUAUGAUAUUUUUUGUCAAAUGUUCCUUAUUCAAGUUCAAUUUGCACUAAUUCAUGCAAUUAUCUGUGCCUGCAAGCUGCUCAAACAUUUGUAACAAAUAUGUAGGAAAUGUGAUGCUAUAGCCCUUUAACGACUUUUUUGUUUUGGUUUGAUGUUUAAUAAAUGUAUUAGUUUGAAGCACUUUUGAUAUAUGCAAUCAUAUAGCACUUCGAAGUCAACAGAUAUUUUCCCAAUGGUAUCUUUUUUUUUCUUUCUCUCUCUUUUUGUGAGUGUUAGGGUUAUAAAAAACAUACCAUACAUAUGUUAUGGUCCGCUUUGCAUUAGUGGAAUAAUGUAAGGUUUUCCUUUAUCAAUGUUAAUGUGAGUGCCAGCCUCCAUAGCGAAAAGAAAAGCCUUGAAUAUAAUAAAUAAUUAUAUUUCAACACUUGCUCUGUUGUAUUCUC